AUGGCAAAAGAGACGACGAUCGCGCCGCCCCAGUCGGCCGCGGAGCUCAAUGUCUAUGUGUCCAGUCCCAACGGCCCGCGCCCAGCCAAGGAGACCACGUUCCGAGAAUGGGUGGUUUCCAAUCAAAUCGGGAUAUCAUUGACAAUCUUGGCUAUGUUGCUGGCUCUCCAUAACCUCUACCCAUCACUGCGCCCUUACACCCAGCCCUUCUUCGAGCUCUCAUACCACGACCCCGUCUCCAAUACCUACGUUCAGGGCUGGGACGAUAUCUACUUUGUCUUCAGUGCGACACUGGCGCUGACCGCAGUGCGGGCGAUCAUCAUUGAAUGGAUCUUGCAACCCCUUGGGCGCUCGCUGGGAUUGAAGCGUAAGGCGGCACUCCGCUUGGCCGAGCAGGGAUGGCAGGUCUUGUACUAUGGAUUCAUUUGGACCGUGGGGCUGUACUUGUGGAAGAAUUCCAAUUAUUGGUUCGACUUCGGCGCCAUCUGGAAUGAAUGGCCAGCCCGGCCGGUGGGCGGCCUCAUGAAGUGGUAUAUUUUGGUGGAACUCGCCUUUCUGCUGCAGCAGAUCUUUGUGAUUCACGUGGAGGAGAAGCGCAAGGAUCACUAUCAAAUGCUGUCGCACCACGUCAUUACCAGCACUCUCCUUGGUUCGGCCUACAUCUACGGUUUCUACAAUGUCUCCAAUGUGGUGUUGUGUCUGAUGGAUAUCGUCGACGUCCUGCUGCCGACCGCCAAAGUUCUCAAAUACUUGAAGUUCCAAAACGCCUGCAAUGUCGCCUUUGGCAUCUUCAUGGCCACUUGGGUCGUUACUCGACAUGUUCUGUAUAACGUGCUGUGGUGGUCCAUUUACAAGAAUGUCCCCCAGCAGAUGUCAUACGGCUGCUACUCGGGCGAAACCGCCGAAAUGAUCAGUGACAACGGUUAUCCAGACGCCGUUGCAUACAUGUUUGGUCCCUUCCUCAACUUGAAGAAUCCGGUCUGCAUGAACCGCACCAUCAAGUGGAUUUUCCUCUCAUUCCUCUUAUCUAUUCAACUCCUCUCUAUCGUCUGGUUCAGCAUGAUCGUACGGGUUGCCUACCGUGUUGUCUGCAGCGGUGCUGCGGAAGAUACCCGCAGCGAUGAAGAGGAUGAGGUUGAGAUGGAUGAGGAUUCGACCGAUACCGGCACUGUGCGGCUGGCCGCCAAGGAGAACGGAAACGCUGCUCCCGCCACUGUUAAUGAAAACGCUCCUGGCCUGGACCGCCGGCGGUCAAAUGGCUCUGCAUCUGCGCGUGCCCGCGGUCGAGGCCGAGUACCCUUUGAUCAGAGUGACCGGAAAGCGUUGCUGGGACGCAUUGGAUGCGACAAGCCCACUUGA